GUGUGUAUGUGUAAACAAAAUUGUAAAAUAUAAAGUACCUAAUUGUUUACUAAACGUACUUAUGUUUAGACUUGGUCAGUAUUUACUCAUUUUGUCAAUAAUUUCUAUAUUGCUCAAAUCAUGUGAUGCGGGUUUCUUAAAAUCGAUAUGGGACAAAAUUGUAAAUCGAGUAAAAAGUGGAGUAUUCUACUUUGACUUAUAUUUAGUGAUAUAUAGAUGGUUAAGAAGUUGCAUUCUAGAUACGGAUAAUCUUCGUGAAGUAUUAUAUCCAAGUGAAUUUGAUGAUAUUUAAAUUGUAAUAUAAUUUUGAUGUCACUGGAUAAAUCAAGUAAAUCAAGUAUACUAUAACUAUGAACUAGUUCUGAAUCUAAAUAAAAUUAUCCUCUUUCAGUAUUGAUAAUGUACAUAUUAUAUUCAUUGUAUUAUCUUAUGAUUGGGAAUAGAACAACAUUUACAAUUCAUCAGUAACUAUAAACUGUUAGCUAUUAGCUAUCUCAAUUUAUCUGAACUUCUUCAGUCCAAACAACAAUCGGAAGGUUCAAGCAGACAACACCAAGUGAAUUUAAAAAGAAAGAAAGAAAGAAAAAAAAAGAGAUUUACAAAUAUACCUUCUCAUGUCUUCAUGAAUAAUCAAUCCAUUUGCUGAUUGACUAUCCAAGUCAAUUAAACAAGCUAUAUAUAUAUAUAUAUAUAUCUAUGAAUUUCCAUCAAUUAAUUUGUAAAUUAACAUCUUCCAAUUUCAUACAGUCAUCAUGACCAUUAAAAAACCGUUUAUCAAUAAACUACAAAUUUAUUGAAUUCACUAUGAUCAAUUCUAAUGAACAUUAAAGUUGAUCUAAGUUAAGUUAUAAAUUAUAAUCAUUUAAUAAAUAAACUUGUGUGUAAGCAAGAAUAAAUAGAGGCUAGAAGUGGAAUCUAAGAUACGCGUUUCGUCCUAUCUAUGACUCGUCAGCUGAACUUCUAGUAACAGUGUACUUUUAAGUAUAAAUAAAUAAAUGUAUGUAAUUUUUGUUAGAUUAUAAUAUUCAAAAGAUAUUUUUAGCAUCAGCUAUCUAUACAUAGUUCACUAGUAAAAUAAUAGUUAUGAUGAAAAAUUAAAAUAAAGAAACUUUAAUUAUAUAGUACUGAAAUAACUUAAAAGUAAUAUUGUUCUAUCAGAGUGAAGAUUAAAUCACGAGUAACUUCUGAGACAUUAAUUGACUAAUAUUAUCUAUAUAUUCUUACGGUGUAAUUAUUUAAUAGUUAGAUUAUGUAUAUUUAUAUUCCCCUUAUCAUAAGCUUCACUUUGACCUAUAAUUUAUCAUUGUACGAUUUACUGUCCCUAAAUUAUGCUCAGUUUAUUAAUUACUGUCUCCCACAUUCACAGCCACUUUUUGGCUUAUUUGUGUACACAUGUUAGUUUCUAUUUUAUGGUACGUUGUGGUCUGCCUGAUUGAUAUAUAAAUCGAGUAUGUCUGAAAUAAAUGAUUUGGUUCGA